AUGAACCAUGCUGGGGUUCGGCGUCCCGACUGCUGUCCCGCUCCGUCUCUCACAGGCGAGAACACCCGAGUCAUCAUUUUGUGUGUCACUGAAACCCUGAGAGAAAUAUUCCAUAAUCAUGUACGCAGGUCAGUGGAGCAGAGUGUUCAGAGGCGAACACAGAGACGACGCAGAUCACACACGACAUUUUUACAACGAAACUGCAGCUCAGGACCUCAGGUGGAGUCUGAACAGAAGGACAGAAAUCCCUCCAUCUUCUGGAUGACAUCUGCACAGGAUCAUGUGCACUAACGGCAUCGGGAAGCAGGAGUGUGUGACCUGGCGAACUCUUCACGGCCUCCGUCUCAUCUCCGUCAUGCCUGCUGAGGAUGAGGAUCAGCUGCUGUCGGCCGUGUGGAGCGGAGAUGUGAGGAAAGUGAGGAAUAUUCUGAUGAGUGAGAAAACGCCGAGGAAUCUUCUGAUGGCGGAUGCAGACGGCUGGACUGCGGUACACGAGGCGGCUUAUUACGGCCAAGCUGAGUGCCUGAAGCUGCUGCUCACAGUUGUCCCUGAGAUGAUUAACACUCGAACCUGUAAACACCAGACUCCUCUCAUUCUCGCUGUAUCCCGGGAACACUUACCCUGUGUGGAGUAUCUCUUGGAGAAAGGGGCGGAUCCCGGAAUUCCCACCAUAACCAAUGAGACGCCUCUGUAUGAAGCGUGUGCCACGCGUAACGCUCAGAUGGUGCGUCUCCUGGUGAGAAGCGGCGCAGAUGUCAAUCAGAAAUGUUUGGACGGAUGGACGGCUCUGCACGAGUCAGUGUCCCAGAACGACAUGGAGAUGUGUGAGGUUUUAGUGGAGCACGGAGCUGAGAUCAGCUCUCGCAACAUCUACGGAGUCACGCCGCUGUUCCUCGCUGCUCAGUGCGGACGCCUGGAGCCGCUCAGCUUCCUCAUCCGAAAGGGUGCUGAUGUCAACUGCGAGGCGAAAGACGGAGCCACAGCGUUGUACGAGGCCUGCAGGAACGAUCACUCAGACGUCAUGGAGUUUCUUCUGUCUCAGAGUGCUGAUGCUAACAGACCUGGAAAGGACGGACUUUUACCUCUUCACAUAGCAGCGAAACACGGGAACGACAGGAUCAUCUCCAAACUGAUCCCGAUCACGAGCAUGACUGAAGUCCAGCGCAGUGGCAUCAGCCCUGUGCAUCUCUCAGCCGAGAGCAACGAGGACCACGCCCUGGAGCUCCUGAUCCACGCUGGCUUUGACGUCAACUUCCUGCUGGCUCCGGAACGUUCCUGCAUGUAUGAAGACCGUCGCCUGUCACCUCUGUACUUUGCUGUAGAUAACAGGAACCUCGAGGCUGCCAGGAUGCUUCUGGACGCCGGCGCUGAUCCAAACCUGGACCCGUUCAACGUCCUGCUGCUGGCCGUGAGGCAGGGUGACGUACACAUGGCCACCUUACUCCUGGAGCAUGGAGCUAACGUUAACGCUUCCCUUCCUACACACCCCAGCACGUUCCCAGCCUGCGUGAUGCUCAGCGUGAGGAACAUCGCCAUGAUGAAAUGCCUGAUGGACCACGGCUGUGACGCAGAAGCGUGUUUUCAGUGUGAAUAUGGCGCUGAGGAACAUCCGACGUACACCAGGAGCGAGACGGAGACACGGCCAUGUUUGCAGUUCUGUGAGAUGAUCUCAGCUGGGUUGGUGUGUCACUGCACAGGACCCGUCAUUAACCUGCUCCUGGAUUACGUCACUCCUGUGAAACUCUGUUCCAGACUCAAUAAACUGCUGGAAAGUGAUGAUUCCUGGACACAAAUCAAAGACAAAUCAUUGCUUCCUCAGAGUCUAAUGCAGCUCUGCAGAGUGAGAAUCCGACAGUUAGUGGGAAUAAAAAGCCUGAAGUCUAUCAGGAACCUUCCAGGAAGAUUAAUCAGAUACCUCAACCACAAUGUGCAAUGUGAAGAUGUUCUUUAACCUCCUGUAUGCAUGCAUCAAGCCUCAUUAUGACCAUAUAUAUACAGUUCUGUGCAAAAGAAACGCUGUAGAGCAAAGACGCCUUCAAAAAUAAUGAAAUUAAAUGUUUCUACAUUAAAAAAAUACUAUAAAGAGCAGUAAACAGUAAUAAAUGAAACAAAGUCAAUAUUUGGUGUGACGAUCCUCCGCUUUAAAAAAAAAAUAAAACAGUAUUCUCAGGUGCAGUGUGUGCAGUUUUAUAAGGAAAUGAGCUGGAAGUGUUACUGAGCAUCUUGCAGAAGCAGCCACAGUUCUUCUGGAGACUUUGACUGUCGACUCGCUUCUUAUUUCUGCAGCGAAACCCAGCAGCCUUCAUUAUGUUUUUAUCUGAAAAGUGUCUCUUAUGGAAUCUGCUGCUUUCUUUACUGACAUACAAACAUUUCUCUGUAACGUUUCAUUUUGUGCUGGAAAACUAAUGUUUGGAAUCUAAAAUGUUUUUGUACUGAAUCAAUAAUGUAGAAGUCAGAAAAUAAACAUCUAUAACAAAAUUUGUACUAAAAAAGGGGGUGCCAAGACUUUUGCACAGUACUGUAUGUAUAUAAAACAUAUGCCAGGAAUAAUAAUGAUGAAGUGUAGUAAACUCCUCUGUCCUGAAGAUGUCUGAAAAGUUCCAGCUUUACCUCUGACUGUUACAAAGCACUGACACUGGAGACUCCUUCCAUAAAUGUUACAUAAACUUCAUAUGAUUUUUUUUUACACAUUUACAUGGAGUCUGUGAUGAUAACGUAUUAGAACGAGCGCAUUAAUAUAAACCUUCACUACUGUCAGAGCUGCUGUUAUAGAAAAUGAAUCAACGCCUUCUGACCAAUCAGAAUCCAGAAUUCAGCAGCACUGUGGUGUAAAUGUAUAUUAAUACAAAGUGUGUUGCAUGGUGAAGUGCUUUCUAAUACAAAAUCACCUCAUAGACUUUAGACAGUGUUACAGUGUGUGUGUGUGUGUGUGUGUGUGUGUGUGUGUGUGUGUGUGUGUGUGAUACAGUUUGAACCAGAUGAUGGUGCUAGAGUUAUAAUGUAGAAAUAGAUGAUGAUAUUAUCAUGUGUGUUUGUGUGCAUACACUGGCAUUAAUGUUAUAAAAUUAUUUAUUCCAUUAAUACUAUUAGAACAGAUGGACACAAAAAUAAUAUACUUAUCUUUUAAUUCUAUUACUUCUUAUACAGUAUGUCUGAUAUAGACAUACACUCAUUACAUGGCAUAUCUAUCAUGUAAUAUCAGGGAUUUCUAGUCCCACUUAUAGUGUGUGUGUGUGUGUGUGUGUGUGUUUUAGUCUACGGAUUUCUACAGAUUUCCAUUUCUUUAAAACAAACUCUGUUUAUUGUGUUAGUUUGUGUUCCUGUUUUAAUAAAAUUCAG